GACAACUCCAGUCCGCAAGCGGAGCCUAACUCCCGAAGAAGCCAAACAGAUCCAAAGUAUUUCUCGCCCUCUUAAACCCUAAUAUCAUCUGGCAGCUCCCCUAAAACGCACCGGCGCCAAGGAGACCAAAGCGAAAACAACCAUUGUAAACGAUAACAAUGGCGGACAGCAAGGCGGUGACUAUUCGGACGAGGAAGUUCAUGACCAACAGGCUCCUGUCCAGGAAGCAAUUCGUCAUUGACGUUUUGCAUCCUGGGAAGGCCAAUGUGUCCAAGGCUGAGCUGAAAGAGAAGCUGGCAAGGAUGUACGAGGUGAAAGACUCCAAUUCCAUAUUUGUAUUUAAGUUCCGUACUCAUUUUGGAGGCGGGAAGUCCACUGGGUUCGGGCUGAUUUAUGAUUCUGUUGAGAAUGCAAAGAAGUACGAGCCCAAGUACAGGCUAAUCAGGAAUGGACUAGAUACUAAGGUGGAAAAAUCAAGAAAGCAGUUAAAGGAAAGGAAAAACAGGGCCAAGAAAAUCCGAGGCGUAAAGAAGACCAAGGCUGGUGAUGCUGCCAAGGGCGGGAAGAAGAAGUGAGAUUGUUAAGAUUCUGUGCCAUCUCUUCAGUAAUGUUCUAGCUGGAUUCUUGAGGAUGUUUAUUCUUUUCUUAGCUAUAAUUUUAAGCUUUUGACGUCGUUUUUGAGGUGUAACCUUGAGGAUUUUUAUUCUUAAUUCUUUUGUUAGCUAUAAUUUUAAGCUUUUGACUU